AUGACUUCCCCAGAAACCCCAUCCGUCUUUCGACCUCCUGUGAAUCGGUCCAUGAAAGUUCUGGACCGGUCAUUCUUCCAAAAAGUCAUUCCCCUGUCUGCUGCAAGUGUAUCCAAUGUCAAAUUACUAGGCCAGAUACGAAAAGACCUGGAACGUUCAGGGGAGCUCCUGAGACUCGCUAUGAUCAAGCCUUUAAUGGACGAUGACUCCAAUCCCGGUGCUAAAUGCUUCUUACUCAGCUUGGGAAUCAAGACCGACGACCCAUCUACUUGGUCACCUACUCUAACACAACUGAUCGAAUCUGAAGCUGCUCGAUUACGACCUUACGACUUGAAACUCACAUAUGAUGACUGGACGAUGCAUGAUAUUCUCGAAGCCACUCUUCCCGAAUUACCAGAAGACGAGAAAGAAACUCCCGGUGGAUUCGCCGCUGUCGGUCACGUCGCCCACAUCAAUUUACGAGACAUAUAUCUCCCAUAUAAACACUUCAUCGGCCAAGUUCUCCUCGACAAAAACCCCAUGAUCACCACCGUCAUCAACAAAACCUACGACGUAGGCACAGAAUCCGUCUUCCGCACAUUCCCCUACGAAGUCCUCGCUGGACCCGACGAUCUCGACGUCACCGUGCAUGAAUCACAAUGCGAAUUCAGAUUCAACUUUGGAAAAGUCUACUGGAACACUCGUCUCGGCACGGAACACGCACGAUUAUGGGAAACCUUCCAUGAAGCCGAAGCCGUAUGCGACGUCAUGGCGGGAGUCGGUCCAUUUGCCAUUCCAUCCGGCAAGAAAAAAGUCUUUGUACGAGCCAACGACCUGAAUCCCUUCUCCUACGCCAGUCUCCAAGAUGCAAUCACAAGAAACAAAGUCGACGACUUUGUCACCGCAUCCUGUCAGGACGGUCGACUCUUCAUUCGCCAAGCCACCGCCGAUCUGGCUUCAUCUCCUCGUUCCGUCUCCAUCGUGCCGAAACUCAAAGUCUCUCGAAAUGCCAGCGAAGCCGAAAAGACCAGGGCGCGAGAAAUGGCUGAUGCAGAUACCAAAAUCUAUCAAGAACCACGCUUAUUCGACCAUUAUGUCAUGAACUUGCCUGCCAGUGCAGUUGAAUUCCUCGAUGCUUUCAGAGGUAUCUAUCACGGUCGUGAGGCCGAAUUCACACCUCAUACACCUGAUAGGAAAUUACCCCUGAUCCACCUCUAUCUAUUUCAAGCCAAGCAUGAGACGGAGAAAGAAGAACAUGAUGAGAUCUGUACCAGGAUAUCAUUUUUUAUUGGGGCUGAAGUUUCUCAAACUGACACGGCUCUGGAUUUGGAGAUCAGAUAUGUUCGCAACGUUGCUCCAAACAAAAAAAUGUACUGCGCGAGCUUUCGCAUUCCCUCCAGUGUGGCCUUUGAUGAGUUACCGCUGCUGGAAUCUUUGGCAAAGUUGAACCUGGAAGAUAAGGAUAAAAGUCAAGGAUGA